CCUACCGUGAUCUGCAAUCCAUGGAUUCAAAGAACGAUAGCAGCGGGAGUGAAGAAUCGAAAGAAGCACAUAGAUUCCAUCCAGUCUUGUUUUCAUCUUUUCUCUUUUAUCCAUCUAUAUCCAGCGAUUCCCAUCUUUCUUUUUAUAAAGUACAAUCACUGGUCAUCUUUUUUAUAUCUUUUUCUUGAACGCCAGUUACUAGUAUGUCUUUCGCUUCAACUUCAACUCCAUCUAUAUUUAAACCCCACUUCACAUAACCUGGAAACGAAGUCCUAUCUCUUUAAAUUCUUUCACUUUCUAUGAAUCAACCGCUUAGGGUAAGUGAAGCUAAAUUUGGUUCUGCAUAGAGUUGAGUAGUGUGGGAAUAGUAGGGGAGAGAAUGUUGAUGAAGAGAUCUAUUGCAAAGUUAGUGCGGAAGAAGCUUUCUGAUAUUACCAACGCACAAAUGCAACCCAAACUACAUAACCAAGCAGAAAAGCCUGCCGAUAAAAACUGCAAUGAGGAACUCUUGAAGGAAAAAGCUACUCUGAUGCAGCUCCUAGCAGAAAGAGAUAAAAUUAUUGAACUCACUGGAGCUGAGCUGCUGAGGCUGCGAGCCAAUGUAGAGAAUCUAAAACAACAGAACUGGAAUCUUGCUCAAUCAAACAGCCAGAUACUGGCGGAGCUUAAUUUAGGAAGGGAAACGAUGAAAGCUCUGCAGCAUGAAAUGUUAUGUAAGGCUGCCUUGCUUCGAGGAAAGAACUCUGAAUUAGCAGAUGGUCUGUUUAGUUACAAAUCUUAUUUCCAGGGAAUUGAAGAUAUGGACUAUAAAAAUGGUGGAUCACUGUUAAAGGGAGGAGUCGAAAAGGCGGAGCAGCCAUUGGUGAAAGCCAGCAAUGUGGAAAAGCUUUGCAAUAGGAACAGAAAACCAGCUAAAAGGAGUCGAUCUACAGGUUCUGUUACUGCAUCUGUAAAGGAUCCAACUGAGAGCAAAGAGAAGAAAGAACUCAGGACGCAACUGAGGAGGCGCUCGACAAGCUUCAAAGCACACGAAUACAAGCCUAUGAAGAAGUCAUCUGAAACAGAGAAUGCUCGAUCUCAUCUCAGCAUACUGAAUUCACUUUGCAGAGAAGACGAAAAGUUUGGAAAACCCCUGAGAAAAACAGAAGAGAAGGUUCAACCACCCAAGGAGAUUCCUCCGAAAGUCAAACUACGGAGAUUAGAAUAAAUUCACCAACAGAGAGGGCUCCUGUAGAACCAUAUAGGUCGUCAAGUUUGAUGUUUUUGAAUCAUUUGUGAGAGUUGUGUGUCCCAUGUUCUUGUGUUGUUAACCCUUGUGUGUUGAAAAACCCAAAGUUUAUCACUGGCUGAAGUGUAAAAAGUCCAAGUGCUACAGAAUGACCAAACACGGUCCAGAGCCAAGCCCAUGGAAUGCUUAAGGGCUGUUAAUAUAGGCCAUUGAAGUCCAACUUGAGGCUCAGACCCAAAAAAAAAGAGAGAGAGAGAGCGGUGAGAUUGAAAAAUAGAGAGGGAGGUUGGAGCGGAAAAAGAAGGAAAAGAUUGGGAAGAAAAGGACAGGUGAAAUGAUAUUAAACUUUAAGAGGGUGGGAAAGGCAUGUGAGGUUAUGUGAUCAUGUUUGGUUGUAAUGACAAAGUGAGAUGUGACGGAAGUGUGCGGCCAUGUGAGGAGAGAGUUAUAGUCAAGAGGAGAAUCGUUGCGAGCAGAGAGCAGCAAGUCGAGUGUGGUUUGUUGUAUGAACCAAUGAGGGAUUGCGUUACUAGAUAAAACCGCGUGGGUCCCCUGCUCUGUCUUAACAAUUUUUAUCAACAUGAUGAGCAAGCAACGGUUUCCUUGAAGGCAAUGAUGUGCAUCAUGGUCCCUGCACUCACACCACUUUGAUUCUGCUUCUUGCUUCGUCUUUAAUCCCUCUUCCUAUAUAUCCACA